AUGGUUGAAGCAAGCCCAACGUCUCCCGGAGCUGGGGAGAAGAAGCUCGUGCCUCAGAUCAAGAGCGCUGAUAUGACGGAGGAGAUGUCGCAGGAGGCUGUUGAAGUGGCUCAGGAGGCCAUGGCCAAGUUCACCAUUGAGAAGGACAUUGCGCAACACAUCAAGAAGACAUUCGACGAUCGGAAGGGUCCCACAUGGCACUGCAUCGUGGGCCGCAACUUUGGCAGCUUUGUCACUCAUGAAACCAAGCACUUCAUAUACUUCUACCUUGGCCACUGCGCCAUCCUUCUUUUCAAGACACAAUAAAGAAGCUGGCGCACGAGACAUCAGCUGUUUGGCAGAGCACAUCUAGUAGAGCCAGUGCAGUUCUGGUCGACAGAGGUCCGUUUCGCGUGAGGAUGAGGCCCAUGAUAUGACCUGAUGAACAAUUUUGGAAGCACGGGAGCAUGUCUUGUACGUUAUACGGCCGGCCACCUUUGCCUUUUCUUCUUCUUGCCUUUGGAUCUGGUCUGAGCAGCCGCUUCCUUUAUUUUGGUUGUAAUACCUUCAUCAUAAUUCAGACUCGAUACGUACUCAGCAAGCAGAUAAAUCCAUUAUC